AUGUAUAGUGCAAAGGAGAAGGUCAGCAACGCGGCUAGUGUUGCCAAGGAGAAGGUUGACAAAUACAAAGCCAAAGUGGAAGAAAAGUUGAAGGGUUUUUAUUCCUUUGAUGAUGCACUAAAUAAAUCUACUGCAAGGACAAAAGAAGAAGAAGAAAUAGCUCAUCAGGAAAGGAAAGCUAAGGAAGCUGAAGCCGAGAUGAGAAUGCAUGAUGCGAAAUUCGAGCACGCGGCGGAGAAGUUGCAGGCAAAACACACCCACCACUGUCUCGGAGUUGGAGGUCAUAGUCAUACUUCUACUCAUGCCCACUACCAGCCUGUUGGAACUGUGGCUCCUACGACUGGGACCACUGCUCCAGUAUACCCUCUGAGAGGACAAGCUCGAUACCCUCAUGGACAACACAAGUGCAUGUAG